AGAAUAUUGCAAAAGAGCUGGCCCAGUGUCUCGCGGCGAAUAUUCGCACCCAAGCCCAUUUUCGCUUCCUCCCGCACCUCCGACCACCGGCCGUUUCCAAAUCCCCAAUUCCAUCACCUCUCAAGUUCCCAACGCACGCCGAUCUCAUCGAGAAAUUUGAUCAUUUCGACACCUGCGCGCCGACUCGAAGGAAAUCCUAACCCUAGCCCUUGCACCAUGGCGACCUCUCUGGCGGCGGCGGCGGAGACGGCGCUGGAGGAUCUGCCGGAGGAUGCGCUGCUCGCGAUCCUGGCCUUCCUCGCGCCGGCCGACGCCGCCGCCGCCGCCUGCGCCUGUCGCGCCCUCUUCGCCGCGGCGUCUUCCCCGGCGCUCCCGCUCGCACUCGCGCUCCGCCUCGGCCUCCCGCCCCCGCGGCCCUCCCCAGAUGCCUGCCCGGCCUCCGUGCGUCGCCUCUUCCGCUCACUCCAUAGGCUCCGCCGCCUCCUCGGCCUUUGGCGCCGCCUCCCCUCCUCCCACUCCGGCUCGCCAUCCCUCGUCGCGUUCGAGUGGGCUCCGCGCGCCACUCUCGCCGCCUCCCUCCUCACACCCUCCAAGCGCGGCCUCGCCGUAUCCAAGUCCCCUUUUGUGACCCUCUCCAUCGCGGAAUCCGGUGACACGGUGGCGGCUCUCGGAGAGGUUCCGGUCUGCGUCAAUUUCGUCGGGGACAACCACAUUGUGGUGGAGGCGGCGUCGGGGGAAGAUGAGGAGGAGGGAAUGGAAGGAGGAUCGCCGCCGGAGGAGAUUUAUAUGCAUUUCGCGAACCGUAGGAGCCCUGGGGCAGGGAGGAGAAGGCGGGAGAGACAGGGAAGGAGGAAAGGUGGUCGAAUGGAGCCUGAACACUUUGUGAGGAUUCCAGAUGCUGAGCCGACCAAAGCGCGGCCGCUGCAGGGCCUGUGGAAGGGUGUAUGCGAGAACAGGACUCUGGAAUUUUACAUUAUCAGCUAUGAUGACAUUGGUGGAGUGACUUGUAGACGAGUUAGUGAGAAUAGGGGACAAAACUCAGGCUACUCCCCUGUCUUCUGGACUACAGAUGCUACAUUUCUUGAACCACCAUUCUCUGAACGGGAGCUCGAUCGUUAUAGUUGCCUUGAGCAUAUUGGAGUUGUAACAUGUGGCCAUACAGAGACUUGGAACAAGGCAGUCUCUCGGAUACUGUGCAUCAAUUCAAGUUAUGACCUGGUUCAUCCUCAUCUGUUAGCUCCCUUCGAUGAUACCAGGAAUGUAGAGGGGAGGAUUUGGCUUUAUGAAGAUGGAACCUUUGGGUUUGGAUUCACUGGAAGCAAUUCAAUUAUAGAUCUUAACCAUGUCUCCAUGGAUGGUUGUAUUAUUGAUACACCAUACUAAAGAUAUGUCCUUUUGGCAUGCAAUUGUCGCUAGGACUAGGAAACCAUCUGUACAGCAUUGUUAGGAAAAAAAUUGCAUCUAGCAUGAAGCAUAUUGGAUCCAAUUGUUGCACUAUAGAUGGCAAUUCGCCAGAUCUGGCCCUUUGGUCUUGUACUUGUUGCUAGGAUAAUCGUGUAUCCUGAUACUGCACUGAAUGGUGGUCCCUUCUGGCAUUUACUUGUUGCUAGAAUACCCUUGUAACUUUAUUACUAAAUUUAAUUCUCAAUAAAUUGGAGUUGUUACUUCUUCGUA